AUGGCGGAUGUUACUGGUACUGGCACCGCUGCUGCGGUCAAGGUGCAUGAGGAUGACAUGAACGAUGUUGAUGGUCCUCCCCACGAUGUUCAAUACAGCACGUUACGUCGCGUACCCGACCGCAUUCCGUGGGUUGUGUUGCUCAUUCUGAUUGUUGAGCUGGGUGAACGAUUUACGUAUUUUGGACUCAGUGCGCCGAUUCAGAAUUAUAUAAAAAACCCACCACACUCCGACCUCCCCGGUGCCCUCGGUCGCGGCCAAGCCGUCGCCACUGCUCUGGGCAACUUUUUCAAAUUCUGGGCCUACGCCUCCACCGUCAUUGGCGCUAUCAUCGCGGAUCAGUAUCUCGGUCGGUUCAAGACAAUUGCUUUAGCAUGUGGUGUUUAUAUCGUUGGCCUCGUUAUUCUGGUCGCUACAUCGACGCCUGUGGGGGUGUCGUCAGGAGCUGGGUUUGGCGGCUUGGUUGCGGCCAUGACGGUGAUUGGGUUGGGUACCGGCAGUAUCAAGGCGAAUGUUACACCCAUGUGCGCCGAACAGUAUAAGCCUGAUGCUGCAUACACGAAGAAGUUGGCGACGGGGGAGUGGGUGAUUGUGGAUCCCGAACUGACGGUUGAACGCAUGUUCAAUUGGUUUUACUGGGCUGUUAAUGUUGGCGCGCUUUCGCCGUUGAUUACGGUGAAUGUCGAGGCUCAUGUGGGGUUUUGGGUGGCGUAUUUGAUCCCCUUGGUGGUUAUCGUUAUUGGUGCUACUGUCUUUAUCCUCAGCAGUAGGCUCUUCAUCAAGACACCGCCUCAUGGCUCGGCUGUUAUUGAUGCAGUUCGCAUUGUGACGAUUGCCAUCAAAGAAGGUGGUUUCGAAAAGGCCAAGCCGAGUGCUUUGGAGGCCCAGGGAACAUUGUCGCGUCAUCGCUUUGCGCAGUCGCCCAACUACACCGACAAGUCUGUAAAAGAAGUGCAGUCCGGCAUCACUGCGUGCAAGUUCUUCCUUUUCCUUCCCCUGUACUUUGUCUGCUGGAUCCAGAUUUGGAACAAUCUCAUCUCGCAGGCUGGAGAUAUGGCUCUGCACGGAACGCCAAACGAUCUCUUACAGAAUCUUGAUCCAAUCGCCUUGAUCAUCUUCAUCCCGCUACUAGACUGUGAGUUCCCAAAUGAUAACAUCCAGAGCCAUAUACUGACAAUAUCUGAAGUCGUAAUCUAUCCCCUGCUUCGCAAGUACAAGAUCAACUUCAGCCCGGUCCUGAGGAUGACAGCUGGUUUCAUCAUGGCGUCCAUUGCAAUGGCGUAUGCAAGCGUACUCCAGCAUUACAUCUACAAAUCGCCACCAAAAAGCAUCCACGUUUGGAUCCAAGCGCCGGCUUACAUCCUCGUCGCGUUUUCUGAAGCCUUUGUCAUCAUUACCGGGUUGGAGUUGGCGUACACAAAGGCACCCACAAGUCUUCGCUCCCUUGUUUCAGCUUUAUUCUGGCUGACCAUUGGCAUCGCCGCCGCGAUUUGCAUUGCCCUUGCACCCGUAUCACAGGAUCCGUAUCUGGUAUGGAUGUAUGGCUCCCUUGCAAUUGUCGGCUUUGUCGCAGGGUGUGCAUUGUAUAUCUGCUUCCGAAAAUCUUUCGGGGAGGUGCCGGUAAUUGUGGGCACUGCAACGGGAAAUGAUGUUGGUGUGAGCGAGGUGACCGAGCACGCGGGGAAGCUUGCUGUCGAUGAGGAAGAUCAGUGGCGCAAGUAG